CUCUCUCUCUCGCGCUCCCUCGCUCCGCGUGAAACAAAGUGUAGUGUCCGCGAGAGCCCGUUGGAAGCGAAAAGAGAGAAACCGGAGAAAGGAGAGAAUGGGGCGGCUGAAUUCACAACAACAGGAGGAAUAAUAACCCACUAAAGAGAGAAAUAAAGAAGACAGAAGACGGAGAAGAGGACUUGCAGAAGGGGAAAAAACUUUUCAGGGGGGAAACUGUUACAGACUCUCACACGGCCACGUUUUAAAACAUGGAUACACUUUUCUCUGUAUGCCUGGGACUCCUGCUUCUCUUUUCGACAGUCUCUGGUCAAAUACCGACAGCUCACAUGGGACGUGCUGAGAAGGGAAGCUGUACAUUUGAUGAGGGCUUCUCUCAAUGUGACUACCAGCAAGAUCCCUAUGAUGACUUUGACUGGACGCACAUCAACACCCAGGAAGUGCCCUACGUCUCACCAGACCUGCCACAAGGUUCCUACAUGUAUGUGGACGUCUCUCAGUAUGAUGUUGGUGAAAAGGCCAGAUUUCAGCUGCCAGUCAUGAAGGAGAAUGAUACCCACUGUAUCGACUUCAACUAUCUCCUCACCAGUCCUGACGGCUCCAGCCCUGGCACCCUUAAUGUCCUGGUGAAGGUUAACAAGGGUCCUUUAGCCAACCCCAUAUGGAACGUGACGUCCUACACUGGUAAAGACUGGCUGAAAGCCGAACUGGCUGUAUCCACCUUCUGGCCUAAUGAAUAUCAGGUCAUAUUUGAAGCAGAGGUUUCGGACAGCAAAGCAGGCUUCAUCGCCAUCGACGACAUUCAGGUGCUCAGCUACCCAUGCGAUAAAUCCCCUCAUUUUCUGCGUCUUGGGGACGUUGAAGUGAAUGCUGGACAGAACGCCACGUUUCAGUGCAUUGCUACGGGACGAGAUACAUCGAGCAAUAAACUCUGGCUACAGAGGAGAAAUGGAGAGGAUAUUCCCGUGGCUCAGACCAAAAACAUCAACCACAGACGGUUUGCCGCCUCCUUCCACCUCAAAGAAGUCACUAAUCAGGAUCAAGAUCUGUACCGCUGCGUCACUCAAUCAGAGCGCGGCUCCGGGGUGUCAAACUUUGCAGGUCUUAUUGUCAGAGAGCCUCCGCACCCCAUCGCCCCACCCCAGCUACUAGGCGUUGGCCCUACGUACCUGUUGAUUCAGCUCAAUGCUAACUCCAUAUUUGGAGAUGGACCUAUUAUUCUGAAAGAGGUUGAGUACCGUAUGACAUCAGGCAGCUGGACAGAGACCCACGCUGUGAACUCUCCCAAUUACAAGUUGUGGCAUCUCGACCCAGACACAGAGUACGAGAUCAGAGUUUUACUAACCAGGCCAGGAGAGGGAGGGACAGGCAAACCAGGACCGCCACUCAUUACCAGGACUAAAUGUGCAGAACCAAUGCGGACUCCUAAGAGGCUGAAGAUUGCUGAGACCAGGUCUCGUCUGAUAGCGGUGGACUGGGAAUCGUUGGGUUACAACAUCACUCGCUGUCACACCUUUAACGUCACCAUCUGUUACCAUUAUAUGACUGCCAACAACCGCAGCAAGGCUGACUGCUUGGACAUGGACCCUAAAGCACCACGCCACCUCGUGGGAAACCUGCCACCGUACACCAACGUCAGUCUGAAGAUGAUUCUGACCAAUCCAGAGGGACGAAAAGAGAGUGACGAGACCAUCAUACAAACUGAUGAAGAUGUUCCCGGCCCAGUUCCCAGUCAGUCACUAAGAGCCACUCCAUUUGAAGACAGAAUUCUGCUUUACUGGAAGGAACCAGCUGAACCCAAUGGAGUCAUCAUACAGUAUGAGAUCAGCUACAGUGGUGUGCGUUCAUUUGACCCAUCGGUGCCUCUCCAGCGGCCGGGACUCACAGUGUCUCUGCCUUCAAAUGCCACCUAUCACCUGUUUUCCCAGCUCCACCCAGGUGUCACAUACCAACUCUCUAUACGAGCAUCCACCUCCAAAGGCUUUGGUCCUGCGACCACGCUUAAUGUGACAACUAACAUCUCAGCCCCAACAAUAGAUGAGUAUGAUGGGUCAGAGGCCUUUCUGAAUGAAACUGCAACAACCAUCACUGUCCUGGUCAAACCUGCACAAGCCAAGGGGGCACCUAUAAGUGCAUACCAGAUUGUGGUGGAGGAGGUGAAUCCGCAGCGGACACGACGCCAAGCUUCCUCUGACUGUUAUGAGGUUCCAGUUUCCUACCACAGUGCGUCUAGUGGUGGAUCUCCAUAUUAUUAUGCCGCCCAGCUGUCCCCCAGCAACCUGCCUGAGCCCCUCCCCUUCACUGUGGGAGACAACAAGACAUAUCAGGGUUUCUGGAAUCCUCCGCUGGCUCCAAGGAAGAACUACAACAUCUACCUUCAAGCUGUUAGCAGCACAGAGCGGGAAACUAAGACACAGUGUCUGAGGCUUGCCACUAAAGGUGCUACAGAGGAGCCAGAAGUAAUUCCUGACCCUGCUAAACAGACUGAUCGGGUGGUAAAGAUCGCUGGGAUCAGUGCUGGUGUUCUUGUCUUUAUUCUGCUGGUGUUGGUAGCCAUCCUAUUGGUCAAGAAGAGGAGGACCUACUAUUCAUACUCUUAUUACCUGAAACUGGCCAAAAAACGCAAAGAUGCCAUCGGAACAACACGGCAGGAAAUGACACACAUGGUGAACGCCAUGGACCGCAGCUAUGCUGACCAGAGCACUCUGCAUGGAGAAGACCCGAUGGCUGUGACGUUUAUGGAUUCACACAACUACAACAACAGAUUGCCCAACGAUCCCCUGGUUCCUACCGCUGUGUUAGAUGAGAACCACAGUGGCUCUGCCGCGGAGAACAGCAGGCUUCUGGAUGUUCCUCGGUAUCACUGUGAAGGCACUGAGUCCCCUUAUCAGACAGGACAGCUCCACCCUGCCAUCAGAGUGGCUGACCUCCUGCAGCACAUCAACCUAAUGAAAACAUCUGACAGCUACGGCUUUAAGGAGGAGUAUGAAUUGGUGAUACAGAGCUUCUUUGAGGGCCAGUCGGCCUCCUGGGAUGUGGCCAAGAAGGAGCAGAACCGCACCAAGAACCGCUACGGGAACAUUAUAGCAUAUGACCAUUCAAGGGUUAUUCUUCAGCCCAUAGAAGACGACCCCUCCUCCGACUACAUCAACGCCAACUACAUCGAUGUAAGUGGAAACGCAUCGAAUGCUACUAUUGGCUCCCAACGAAACCAACGAAACCACACUCCCUCGCUCAUUUGGCUGUACAGGGAUGGCUACCAGAGACCAAGUCACUACAUUGCUACUCAAGGGCCUGUUCAUGAGACAGUGUAUGACUUCUGGAGGAUGGUGUGGCAAGAACAGUCAGCUUGCAUUGUCAUGGUAACCAAUCUGGUGGAGGUUGGAAGGGUCAAGUGCUAUAAGUAUUGGCCAGAUGAUGCAGAGGUGUAUGGAGACUUCAAGGUGACUUUUGUGGAGGUUGAACCUCUUGCUGAAUAUGUGGUUCGCACAUUUACACUGGAGAGGCGUGGUUUCAACGAGGUGAGGGAAGUCAAGCAGUUCCACUUUACAGGCUGGCCUGAUCACGGAGUUCCAUAUCACGCUACGGGACUACUUUCCUUCAUCCGCAGAGUUAAAAUCUCCAAUCCACCUUCUGCUGGGCCAAUUGUGGUCCACUGCAGUGCUGGAGCAGGGCGUACAGGCUGUUUCAUAGUCAUUGACAUCAUGCUGGAUAUGGCGGAGAGAGAAGGAGUGGUUGACAUCUACAACUGUGUGAAGGCUCUUCGCUCCAGGAGGAUCAACAUGGUACAGACUGAGGAGCAGUAUAUAUUCAUCCAUGAUGCCAUACUAGAGGCUUGUCUGUGUGGAGAAACAGCCAUACCAGUCUGCGAGUUCAAAGCUGCUUUCUACGAGCUGAUCCGCAUCGACUCCCAGACAAACUCGUCACAUAUAAAGGAUGAGUUCCAGACAUUAAACUCGGUGACUCCGCAGCCCCAGCCUGAAGACUGCAGUAUUGCAUUGUUGCCUAGAAACCAAGAUAAGAACCGCUUUAUGGAUGGCCUUCCUCCUGACAGAUGCCUACCCUUCCUCAUUACAAUAGACGGAGAAAGCAGCAACUACAUUAAUGCUGCUCUGAUGGAUAGCUACAGACAGCCUGCUGCAUUCAUCGUUACCCAGCAUCCUUUGCCCAACACUGUCAAAGACUUUUGGCGUCUGGUUUACGACUAUGGAUGUACCAGUCUGGUGAUGCUGAAUGAGAUUGACCUGGCUCAGGGUUGUCCUCAGUACUGGCCGGAAGAGGGCAUGCUGCGUUACGGCCCAGUACAGGUGGAAUGUAUGUCCUGCUCGAUGGACUGUGAUGUUAUCAGUAGACUCUUCAGAGUCUGCAACCUCACCAGGCCUCAGGAAGGCUACCUGAUGGUUCGUCAGUUCCAGUACCUGGGAUGGGCAGGGCACAGAGAAGUUCCUGCCUCCAAACGCUCCUUCCUGAAACUGAUCCUGCAGGUGGACCAGUGGCAACGCGAGGGAGAGGAGGGAGAGGGACGAACCAUAGUACACUGCCUAAAUGGAGGUGGGCGUAGUGGAGUAUUCUGUGCUAGCAGCAUCGUGUGUGAGAUGGCCAAGAGACAGAGUGUGGUUGACGUCUUCCAUGCCGUCAAGACCUUGAGGAACAGCAAACCUAACAUGGUGGACACUCCGGAGCAGUAUCGGUUCUGCUACGACCUGGCGCUGGAGUUCAUCGAGUCCUCCUAAACCAAGGAGAGGUGAGGAGGUGAAGAGGAGCGGGAGAACGUCUUUUCACUCGCCUCGUGUUUGAUUCUUUGCUUUUCGCUUGGUCCCGACUCCCCCUCUGUGGUGGCCGUUCUGUAGCAUCCAUAUUGCAUCCCUACAAAUGGCACAGGAGAAACUGGCUCCUUGUACAGUGUUGUUAAACAAAGGGAAACAGGAGGAGCUUCUGGGAGUGCAGCAGAGGAGGAGAUGUUACUCCUUUUACUCCUUUAUGCUUAAUGUACAGCUUUUUGAGUGCCAGCGGGCCCCUGUAUGUUUUGGGCCCCAUUUAAAUGUUUAGCCUCUCACCACAGCCCCCUCCCCCUUCUCGCAUGGACUCGAUGCCUCAUGCUGUUUCAGCUGCAGUACUCCAUGUGCACUGUAGAUGUCUCCCUUCCCCCUGGCAAGCUGCAAUCACAGCUUUUAAAUAACCGCAAGUUAAAAAGUUUUCAGUGCCCCCACGUUCUCAUGCUAAUUUCUGAGUAAUUUAACAGUGUUGGGCAUCUCAUCAUGGUGAUGUUUGAAUAUUUACAGCCAGUACUUUUGUACAAGAACAAGAAACUUAAAAAGUUACAGCCUGGCCAAACUCUGUGAAUGCUUCUGUUUUCUACUCCAUACAUCAGCAGCAUCAUCUUCAUCUUAUUUUUCUGGUCAUUUCAGUGAACUCUGAGUCAGAACAUUAUUAUGUAUUUGAGUAUUUAAUAGCCACUUUACACCCAUUUUACAUUGGUUACAUGCAGCAGAUAACAGAAUAGCAACAGAAAAUAACCUGUAUGUCAAUAUAAGUUUGCUUAUUAGAUUAUGUAGUGUCUUAGAACAAGACUGACAAUGAUACAAAAAUUGAAAGUUUACAUGGGGAGUAUUAGGCUUUUAGAUUUUUGUUUUUUGUUUUUACAACAUCAUGAAGUGUCAAAUUGUGUAGGAUUUUCACUAAAAUGUAUAAGUUCAAAAUAUGUGUGAUAUGUAUCAUUGUUUCUGUUUCCUGCCUGAUCUCUGAUUGCUUUUGUAUUAUCAUUUAUCUACUGGAUAGAAGUUUUGAAGUCUUCUUUGUGCCCCAAAUUGUACAAAUCAAACACUUAUGUUUUUGUUCAACCAUGUGACAUUAGCUUAAUCAUGUUUGUUUCAGGGCUGGGCCCAAUGCACUUUCAAUUCAGCCAAUUCACAAAUGGGAUAUUUUUCAAAAUACGAAUAUCAACAGUUUUCGGGUACAACCUCUAAAACUGAUGGAGAAUUUACGUUCUCUCAUGAACAGGUGAUUUACGGUUUCCAUUUAUGGUUUGAAGGGAAUUGGAAGUGAACUGACCCCGGGCUUCAUUUGUUUUGUGCACUGGUGGCCAACACUUUUUCUCUGUUUUUUUAAUUUUUAUUUUGCAGCUGAUGUUUAUUCAUAAGCCAAAGACUUUAUGUAAAUAUGUCUAUACGGAUAAAGCACAUUGUUUGUAUUUAUUGUUUGUUUACUUGCAUUGCUUGUAAGAACAAUCAUUCUUCAUUCCAUGUUUACUCUACCACCAGCGUUUCUUAAACUGUGGGUCAGGACGCAAAAUGGCCGGCAGGUCUGUUUCCUCUGGAGUCUUGAGAGUAUUAGUAUGAUUUAAUGAACCCAUAAUGGGUCCUGAGGUAAGAGGCCACAUCUACUCAAUUUGGGUCCGUGAAGAAGAGUUUAAGAACCCCUGAUUGAAGCUGUAUAUUAAAAGCAUUAGAUCGUAGUUUUUCAGUAUUUAGGUGGAAUUCAGUAGUAUUGUCUUGUUUUCACUUAAUGAAUCUCUCUGUGAUGUUGCCGUGGUUUAUUUGUGUAAAAGCCCAUUGCUCUGUUUGUGGUCAGUAGAACAUCAGUGCGUUUACAUGCACAGAGUAUUUUGGAUAAUAGCUCCUAUCCCUCUUAACGUCUUAGUUGGGAUAAGCUGUUUAUCUUCAUCCUCGUAUCCUGCUCGCCAUUAUCCCUGAAUACACACUGACUCAGUGAUGCAAACAGGCUUAGUGAGCAAAACAUGCAGGACUGUGAAAUAAAAAAAAACAUUUAUUGUGCCUAAUCAUUUGAAUUUCCUUGUUAAUACAAGCAUUUUAACAGCAUCGUAGAUGGCAACCAGGGCUUUGUUGAAUGCGUUCUCAUGGACGAUCAAUGUUUUGAAUACCUUUUGGACCAUGAUUCAGUGUGUUUUAUUCAUCAGAAUGCUUCAUAAAUUCUUUGUGAGGCUUUACAGGCUUACUGAAUACCAUAUGUGUUUCUGUUUGUGCACAAACUGAUUCAGAAAAGAGAAAAAAAACUUUAUUGUAAAUAAAAUGUUAGAUGUUCCACAUUGGUUGGAACAAGAGAGGCCCUGCUCUUAAGGAUGUUAUUGUAAAUAGACUAUCGUGAGUACUCUAAAAGGCUCUAUUGUUGGAUGAACAGUAGAGAUUUAGACGAUGGAUGCAAUGUCAGAACAUUAGUUCUGUUGUAGAUAAAAAGUCAGAGAUUGUACUCCUGGAGGAUUCAACUUCAAAAAAUAUUGACAGAUAUUGUUUAAAAAGUUGUUACAGUUUCCACUUUACUCUGUUGGUGGAACAUCAGUUUUCAGUUUUUUCUCCAGAUUUCUGGUCUGACCCAAAGACUGAAAGAAAAUUCAGAGGCUAUAACGCUAUGUUAAUACAAUCAAAUCUGAAGUGAUGUUGGGGUUUAGUUGGACAAAACGGAUGUCCAUGUCUAUAGCAUGCAGAGAGAGAGAAGUGAAGCAGUCAGUGACAAGUUGUUGUGUUAACAGAAACAAAACACUUGAGGCAAAAAUCCCUGUUAAUAUGCCCAUGAUUCCUCCUUAAUAAAUCUGAAGUAAUGGCCCUGAAGAGUAGUGAAUGAAGCUGGUUUCUGGAUGAGAGGCCAUUCUGAGCAGAGAAUUGAUAUUCAUGGUUCAUAAUUAUUCUUGUCUGUAAUGUUUGGCUUCUUUGCUGUAAUAAAGACCACUUCUUUAAUUAAA